AUGUUUAAGACUUUGGCUUUGCUAUUAAUUGUUAAACUCUAUGCCUCUGAUCUAAAUACUUAAAAUGCUGAAAUUGAUGCAUAAUAAUAAUAGCAACAAUAAGCUGAAAUAGAAACUGAAGGUCAGAAAGUAAUCGCCAAACUUACUGCCUGUUGGGUUUUAUCAGUUUAGGAGUUAUCAGAAGAAUAGAAAUAAGUGAAUGAAAUAAUUAAGAGUCAAUCUAAUUAGAAUAGGGAAUCCAUUUUUUACAAGAUCUAGACAACUAUGUUGGAAGAAUGUUAUUCAAGAGCUCCUGAUGAAGAGUUAACUAAUGUGAUGAGAUCUAUUUAGGACGAUAAUAAGAAUUACAAAUCUUUCAAACAAUAAAUACCAGAUUUCAGUUUUGAGUAAUUUACUAAUGCCUCAUUUGAUUGGACUUUCACAAAAAAUGACGAAACUUUAAUGAAAUAUAUUAGAAGAUUUGAAGAAUGGGUGACUACUAAAAACACUGUUAGUAGCCAAGUGUAAUAACCAAAUUAGAAGCAGAGUGUUUUUGCUGAGUUAAAGAAGAAGAUAUCUGAGAUGAGUAAGAAGAGCUAAUCCAAAGAUUCUGAAUCUAAUAAUAAGGAGUAAUUGGAUAAAUAUUAGUUUUACUUAUCCAAAUAAUAGGGAAUGAAAGAUCCUAUCAAUUAUUUAUUUGCUGGAGUAGCAAUUUUUAGUUUCUGUUUUGUGUUUUAUCUUGUUUAUUCCAAAGUUAAGCAAGCUAACUCAGAUCCAAGACUAGAUAAAAAGAAUAAGAAACAAAAAUCAAAAAAAGAGUGA